CUAAAACAACAGUUCAGACUCUGACUUGGUAAGCAUGCCCAGUGCUUCUGUCUAUUCCAGAGCUUUCUGUGUAUUGUGCAUUAGCGAAAUGACUGAGAAAUGCCACAGGGGACACUCCCAUCUUGUGGAACAGCUGAUAAAACUAGUUCAGUACAUCCCUUGCAGCCAGGACUCCACCAUUUAUUGUCUGUUAAUAUCUAGGGUAGAUCAUGGGCUUAUCCCAUCAUGCAGAUAAGCUCUGUUUACAGGAGAACUAAAAGGACAUUGUCAAACAUCAUCCAUAUUUAAUGACUUUCUGCUUCCCAGUACCACCUGAUACUAUGCUGUCAUUUGUCUAUCUAGGAAUGGGUGUACCACCAUCUAUUAAUCCAAUGUUCCCUCCAACCAGCUUACCCAGUGGCUUUGGCUCAGGAGCCCAUGGUGCUUUCCAACCAAAGAGUUGGCCAGAGGGUGGUUUGCAGCUCCCCAGGUUGGAUAAUCGUGUCAGCAAACCACUCAUGAAGAAGCGUGGAGAAUGGUGCGCAGCCCAUGUAAAUGUUGCAUGGUUAAUAUAUCAUCACCAACAAAAGGCCAAGGUAGAUGCUCAGAAGGAUAGCUUGAAGCAAGAUGCCUUCCUUGGUAAACCCGGUGGACCUCAUAUAUUUUCUCCUCCAAGGCCUCCUGAUCUUCACCUCCAGUCUAAUCUCUUUCCUCAUGGUGCACCAGGGGGUCCAUUAAACCUCCAAAGUGGUCCACAUCAUCCCAGCUUCUUGACAGGGGCUGGACCUACAUUUGGUCUACCUCCAAUGCCCAGACCAGCUAGUUAUGGGCCAGGUAACCUGGGCUUUCCUUUAACAGGACCAGGUAUGAAAGGUGGCAGUUUGAAUUCCAGUAUGUUCAACGGCCGUGAGUCGAUUGGUUUACCGGGUCUGAGCAGCCCACAUCAAGGUCAAUGGGGUAGACUUCACAGAACUCCACCAGGGUUCCCAGGAAUGCCACCGGGUUCCUGGGCUAAACCAGAAGCAGAGAGGGCAAAAGAAGGGUUCCAUUUCAGCCUUGACAGGGAGAGAGAACGGGAACGAGAAAGACUCAAGGACGAGGAGAGGGAACGAGAGCGGGAGAGGGAACGUGAACGCGAACGCGAAAAACUGGAAAGAGAGCGGGAAAGGGAAAAAGACAAAGAAAGAGAAAGGGAACGGAAGGAUGGAGAGAGGUCAUCAAAUCAUGGACCUUUAGAAGGAUGGUCCAAUGAUCGUGAGAGGGAGAGCAGACCAGCAGAAAGUGAAUCAAGAACACUUAAUCAUGUUCGCUUACUGGACAAUGAUCGUGAUCAUGAAAGGAGAAAAGAGGAGCGUAGUUCAGAGAGCCGCUCUAGUGAUAUGAAACGUGUGACCCCUCCCAGUCGCCAUGUUAAUGAUGGAGUAAGACAUUCAACAUCUCGAGGUCAUGAUGGACGAUUUGAUAGCGCAUUCAACAAUGUGUUACACCCCAAUGCGCUGACCACCAAAGAGGAAAGACGGGAGCCAGAAAAGGAAAAACCCUCAGAGAGAUUGCCGGAGCAGCGUUUACCAGAACGGAUUCCAGAAAGGAUACCGGAAAUAUUACCAGAGAGGAUACCCGAGAGGCUACCUGAAAGGCUUCCGGAAAGAUUCCCUCCGGAAGUCAUGGCGUUGCAUCAGGCAUCCGUCCUCAAUUCCAUGAACGCUAUGAAUCCUAUGAUGUCAUUGCUAGACCGUCGCUUGCCAGGUAUGCCCUUUUCACCGCUUCACCAUAUGGAGAGGCAUCCUAACCCAGGCAUCCCAGGACCGUGGGAUCCUUUUAGGGGUAACCUGGAGGCGAUACAUCGUGAGCAGCAGAUUAGACUUGAGCGUGAAUAUGAGAGAGAUCGCCUGAUGCGAUCUGCUCUUCACCAACCAAUGGGGCCUAUCAUCGAUCAUCCAGAUAGGCUCCGGGAUCGGGAACACCACGACUUCUCGCGAGAUAAUCCUCUUGCCAUGGAAUCCACCAUUAGGCACCUAGAACAGGAGCGCAUGCACAGAUACCUCGAGGAACGCGACCGUGCACUAGCCCUACGUGAGGAUGCGGAACGGAGAGGAAUCAUUCAUGGGACCUCCCAGGACCCACUCAACCCUCUGAACAGACCCUCUAUUGGGGCAAUACCCCCAUACUCAAGGACUAGUUCUAUCUUCUCAAACUCUUUGCACAAGAACAGUUCACCUCCGUCGACCCUAUCUGCCCCUCCUCCACCCUUGGUUUCCUCGGCUGCAACAAGUAAUGGUCCUUCCUUGGGGCUUGGUCUCCUUGGACCUCACAGUCAUUCAGCAUCUCCUCAUUUAUCAGCCACCAGGAAUAGUUCACCUGCAGACUCUAAUCCAUCUAAAGGCAAAACAACUCCGGAUAAAGAUGCUCAUUCAAGAUAGGAUACGGUUACCAUGUAGCCUCCCAACAUUUCAUCUUCUCUCUUUCUCUCUGUCACAGCUGUCAUAUUGCCCCCCUUCCCUUCAUGUUUUCCUUGGAAAUGUUCUUUUUUACUGUAAAGUUGCUAUUUGUACUCUGAUUGUCAAAAGUCUAUGACUCCUAUCUUAAUGUAGAGGGUGCUAUUAUGUUGCCAUUCUCCCAGAAGAUCAUAUAAUAUGAUAUAACCCUGUGUCCCGGGUAAUAUUUCAGACUUGCCAUUCACUUGCAAAAUUAGUUGCAGUGUUAGCUUUAAAUUUUAUUGUGCAUAGCACAGUUUUAAAGUUCAACCAUUUGGUACUACUACAUGGCCAUGGAUUUUAUUUUGAAAGUUAAAUGAAUUUGACAAAAUAUUUCCCAUUUUCUAUAUUUUUGUCUGCUUUCCAUUAGCUGUCAUUACUGGUGAGUUAAUUAAAUCAAUUCCUUGUGCAAUGUACCCCUAACAUAGAUGUGUUUUUAAAUCUGUUGAAUUUGGCUAAAUAUAAUGGUGAUGAAGAGUAACUUCUAAAAUAAUAUAAAUCAUCAUCCUUUUAUAGAUAGUCCCCUAUUAUUUUUUUUAAUAGAUGAUUGAAAUAAUUGUAAGAAAAAUUAUUCUCUUGUUUGUGUGAAAUUGUUUUCUAUGUGCCAAAUACUUUUUUUUCUUAAUGUAAAGAGAGAUCAUGUAAAUUAACAUUCCAAAGAGAAAGAUUGACAUUUGAUUUUCAAUUGAAAUAGUCUUCAAUUCUUUCCCAAUAUUUGGUUGUACAAUUCUGUAAAAUCCAACUGUCAUUUUGUUAUCUGUUCACUGUUUGAUAAUGAAUUUCUCUGGUGUAAAUUUGUGUUUAGAAUAAGGGAUUAUGCAACAUUUAAUGACACCAGUAAGCAUUUUUAAUUAACACCUACACCAAGGGUUGAAACUUUGAUUGUUAUCACAUGAUCUGUAUUUCAAACCUGAUAUGAAGCAAAACUGAAAUCUUUAUUGAAAUAAAUCUUAUUUUCCUGUUUCUUUUGGUAUGACUCCAAUCUAAACUCUUAACUUCAAACUUAAAUGUAAACUCAUAUAAUGUGAGUCAGAAAAGAAGUUGAAAUGUGACUGUGAUGACUAAACUAUCAAAAAAAGAAGAUUGAUUGUCGAAAAUAAAAUAAGUUCUAUAUUUGCCUCUAGAAAUGAAGUUUCAUGUUAGCAAAAUAAGACAUUGAAUUACAUUUUAAAGGAUAAUUCUACCCCGGUAAUAGAUUGAUUUGAUUUGUCAGGGAAGUGAGAGAGUAAGAGCAUUUAAAGUUUUGCUCAUUUUCACAAAACAAGGGGGGUUUUUGGCUAAAGAUAGGUGGUAUGCAAAGGAGAGAACUAAUGACAUCACACUCUAUUUCGUUUUUAAUGAAAUGUUGUCAUGAUUCAAUCAUGAACUUCUUAUCAAACCUACAGAAAUGAAAAUAUAUCAUAUUUCAUAAAAUAAAAAUACAAAAGAAAUAAUGAGUUCUGACAUUGUUAUCUUACCUUUUAAAUCAUAAAUAUAUUACACAUCUUUAUUAUAUGAAAUUAAGCAAAACUUUCUAAAUUUAAUAACUUUUUGGAGGAGGGAGGAUCACAUUCAAUUUGCUGAAGUUGUCAGUGUUAGAUUUUGUUCUCUUUUUAUUAAAACCACAAUCUUUCUUGGUGGACUUGAACUUUUAGUAUUUUUUAAGAGUAUCUAAUAAACAACUUGGUGGAAUACUUUCACGUUAGAUAAAUAUGGAUUGGUAUUAUUGAAUUACUUAAAACUAACUUUUUAGAAAUCAUUGGUUGCUCUUAGCUCUGUACAUAUAUUUCAAUUUUCUGAUCCUAUCAGGUCCACAAAAUUUAUUUUUAAGUUUAAGAUUUCAAAAACUAAGAUUUUUUAGGCAAUACUGAAAUCUGAGGGGAAAUAAAGGGAAUACUUCUCGCAUCAAUUUGAAAUUGGAUUACAUGUAAUGGAAACAUAAAUAAUGUAAAUUAAUACACAAGAAUCAAUUCUUAAAACUCAAUGAUCAGUGCUGUGUACUUGUCAUGAAAUUGUUAAUAUAAAAAUGUUUUUAAUGUGUAUUGUAUGUAUGGAUGGGUGACACAUAUUUCAUUGUGUAACCAUUCUCUGACUUCAUGCCCUUUAAAUGAGUAUCAUCUGUAUUACCAAUCAUGCUGAACAUCCUUCAUAUGUCACCAACCUAUUUUCUUUAAACUGUUACUCUUCCCUCACAUUGUCUGUAUUUUCAGAUAAAAUGAGGGUGGAGGAGAUAAGAAUCAUGAUAAGGAUGAGGGGGGCAAGAAAAAUAGGAAAAGGAGAUAAAAAGUUUAGAGAAGAUGAGCUUGAUUUCCUACGCCGGCUGGCCGGUGUGCUCAUCAAAUAUCCUGUUGUCAAUAAGACCUAGUUUUAGUUGAAGAGAAAGAAAGAAGAGAUACCCCUCUUGAGGAUGAUGAUUCACCCCUAUUCCAGACCCCCUUUAGCCCUCCCUCAGGGCUUGCCUGUCACCCCAAAAGAGUAAUUUAUUCCAAUUAUAUGAGCAGUGUUAUUGAUUCUUAUCAGAUAAUCAUAACUCAACCAUAGUUUCAGGUCUGAUUUAUAUAGAAAUUCUUCAUCUGUUUUUAAUAGGUGUGUUAUUAACCCUGUCAAGUUCAAUUUGGAAGAUAAUCAAGCUGACUAUUCCUGAUGUGGGUUAUUAUUUCAGAGUUAAAGAUGUUUUAUGGAUCAGCCCGGAAAUUGAGUAUGGACUGUGACUCGUUUCACAGAGACUUGCAAUAUCAAAACAAGCAAAUUCAUUGUGUUUUCAUGCAGGCAUUCUUUUAUAUUACCAAUGAUGUCUAGUGCACCAAGGAUUUGAGUAACAAAGAAAGAACUUAGUGGUUUUCAGCCAAAGAGGGCACUCUUCCAGUGAAUAUCUCCAACAUUCUUUCAGCUUUCUGUUGACAUUUAAUUGAACCUUAAAACUGUAUCUAUACAUCCACCAAGAAUAGUAUUGGAUCAUAAUAAGGGGAUUUAAAUUCAAUUAAGUUAUUUAUAGCAACCGACUAAAAAAAAAUAGCAAUCCAUUAUCAUACCUCAUUCCCCCAAAAACUAUAAUGAAUAAAUGAAUGAAUGAAAGCAAUAGUAAUACAAUUUUUAAAAUGGAAUCACAAUUGGGUUUAUGGCUAGCUUAAUUUGAAAAAAUAAAUAAAAUGAACAGGAAGAAGUGCCUGUUUUCACUGACCUUAAAUUAGGAUUAUUUACUGUUUGAUGGGAGAUCAAAUGGAAUCAGUAAUGGGGGUAUAACAGCCACUAUUAUAAACUGUAAUAUAAUGCUUCAUUAUUGACUUAAAUUGUGAAGGAGGAUAUUGUGAGUCAUGUGCAGUUUUUAAUAUUUAACUUGUACUUAAUCACGUUCAUUGAAAUUAAAGGUAGACUUCUUCCCAAGAAACUAAUUUGUAUACUUAAAAUCAGUAUCAUAAAGGUUGUUUGAAAAAAAAUUAAAUGCCAAUCUUCAAAUAGCAAGUUUUAAUGUCCUUGUUGAUAUUUGAGUAAAACAAUGAUUAAAGGAUGUGAUCAUAUUAGGUAUGGUUAAAAAGAUUGAUCUCAAUAUCUGAAAAAAAAUAUGAUACACCUUAUACAGGCAAGCCAGUAUCCAGUUACUGGGAUAAUUAUUUCUGAUGUGAUAGGCUCAAUAAUAGCAGAAUGUUAUUAUUAUUGUAUUAGCUAUUGAAAGUAUAUUAAAUCAUUAAUGAUUUGAGGAGAUGUUUGAAAAUGAUAUCCAACGAUCAGUUCUUAUAACAACAGCUAUAAUAUCUCUACCUGGAAAGCAAGUUUUAGUGUUUCAUGAUAGGGAUGAUUUCCUAUGCUUUUAUUGCAUUCAUCGCUAUGUGCAAUUAAUCAUACAAUCCAAUGUCCAUUCACUAUACAUUGUGAUACAGGCCUCAUGGUAAAUAUACACUAAAAAUCUAUAUCACCUAUCUAAUGCAUUUGUUAGUUUAGGGUAUUCAAGAAAAUUGAAAUUUACAUGUCUCAUCUUGAUUGAAGUUAUAUUUUCACAUUAUUCUCUUGAUGUCAUUAAUUGAUCAUGAUGCAACCUGUUCAACUAGUCACAUAUUUCUUAUAAUUUACUUAUGAUCUCUUCUUGAAAUAGGAGGAGAGAUGAAUUUAUGAAUUCUGCUAUUUCACAUCUUACUUGUUUUGACGUCAUAGGGCUUUCUUUCUUCAUUUUCAUGUUUGUUCUCUGUUUUCCUUUCAAUUCAUUCUUUCAUUUUAUUUUCAAGCUUGAAAAUGAUGAUUCAAGUUUACCUAUGAUCUGUGGGUAGUAGUAAGACAACCUUUCACCUACAUCUUUUAAUAAAGCACUUGUUCAUAAAUAUUCAGGUUAAUAUCUGUAUAAGGAAAAGGAAAGUUCAUAUUCAAUUUAUUGAUAAUGUUUAUCCCUAUUGAAAGUGCAAUGUGGGGGAUUGUGUGAAGGAAACGAAGUGACUUUUGUAGAUAGUUUUCAUGUUUUUAAAGGAAUAUAGAUGAUGAUGACAAUUUCAACAUGAAAUUCAAAAUGUCUUUAUUUCUAAAUAAAUAAGAUCAAAUUCAUGAAAUGUUUGCAUGGAAGUUAUUGGCUGUAAGUGAUAAUACAAUGCCUCAAUAGCCUCCCUGUAAAUAGCUAAACCAAACCAUUUGAUUUAUCUCUUAAUCAGGUAAUAUUUGAUCAGAAUAAUGUGUAGAUAUCAAAGGUGAAUCAGUUAAACCAACAAUCUUGAAAAUAAUUUGAUAUUAUGUCAAAUUCACCAUAAAAAUUUAUUGUAGGCCAACACAGCAAUAUGCCAUGUGAGUCACAGAUAUGAAUAUAUAAAUAGUUGAAAUUUACACAAUGGCUCUGUAAUGAUGUUAAUAAUUUCUUUUUGUUAUUGUCUUAUUUUUCCACCAUUUAAUGAUUGAGAUUUGUUUUGGUGGUGGAUUGUGUAUGUGAAGAAUUUACAAAGUCAAAUAAUGAAAUGAACUGUAAAUAUUUUUUUCCGAAAGGAAAUCUUGUUCAUAAAUUGUGAUACAAUGCUGGAUUGAUAUACAGAUUUUAAAAAUGAAUUUUGUGUCAACUCAAAAAAAAAAUGGUAGAACCUUAAAUAAGUACUUGUUAUUUGCUACAGUAUUAAAUUAUGACUGAGAAAAGUUA